AUGCCCUGGCGGCCUCUGCCUCGAAUUGCAUUUGCUGUUGCUAUAUACCCUUUUCAGCCUUCCUCUGCGGCGGAUCUACCUUUGGAGCUUGGAGAUGAAUUGUACAUAAUCGAGCAGGGAGGGGUUAAUGGAGAAUGGUGUCGGGGUUACCUCGUCGCUCCGCCGUCACUCCUAGCGGGGUUAACGAGUACCAAGGGUCAGACGCUCGAGGCUAGGGUCUUCUCGGGCAUCUUCCCGCGUAAUUGUGUCGAAAUCCGGGAAGUAUUGGGUGAUGGGGACAAUCAGCCAAAUGGCCAGAAGCCAUUGACAAAUGGAGAACGCAGAAGCAUCAUUUCUGUGACCACGGCUGCUACCGAUAGCACCGUUGCUACUGCUACCAGGGCAAAUGGUGUUGAGGAGGAUCGGAGAAGCAGCGCAGCCAUCUCACAGACGGAGUGUGAGGUGUCGGACGUCGUGAUUGCAAGGAAAGGGAAGCCCUCGCAGAUAUUUAUUCACAAACCAGACAGUGAUACCGGGAAAGCAUCACCUAUGUCUAUUACGCCAGCUACGCCAGUUACCGCAAUAGCUACUCGGGAUCCUAGCGCUCCCAAGCCCCCGGCUCCUGUCCCAAUGCUCAAGAUCGGUGACGACACACCGACCUCCCUGUCCGAGCCGCUGGUAGAUGAGAUUGCAUCCUGUCUGCGGGAAUGGCACUCCACAAACCUUCACGAACUGCUGUUGAGUCGUCAAUAUAACGUGCUAGAGGACUUGUCCCAUAUUGUCCAGGAAUUGGAUCUGGCCAGAAGGCAACUCCUGCACGAUGUGCUCACUGCGCGGGAAAAGGAUCAGCUUCGUGAUGAAGCAGUCUGGAAGCUUGUUCGGGCGAACAAGAUGCUCAGUGGAGAGGUCAUUGUGAGAGACCCCAUGCAACGGGGUCGCCUGUUAACAGGGGAUGAUUCGGCUAUUCAUCUUACCAAGCUUCAAUCAGAAAUGAGCAUGUUAGACAGCCAGCCAACACCGCAAUCAGACACAUCGUCUCUUCAUCAUCUUUUGUUAGAAGUCAAUGCUGUCUCUGGUUAUACCUCUGGCCCAGUCACGCUUGCGAUUCAUUUGUGCACUAAAUCGGAUAGCGGUCAUCUUAUACCUUUGUCAGAGACUUACAUCCUCGACAUUCCGUCCCCGGAGAAAUUUGCAAAUCUGGGACAAAGCAGCAAAUUGAAAACCCUCUUCACUGACUUUAACGCGAAGGAUAUCGGAGCCAGCUCCUCAGGUGACGCACAAAUCUACCUUGUGGUCACGGUCCGGGCUCCCGAGACUAUCUCUGCCAACGUGCGCCCUCGUUCGAGGUCAUCGACGGCAAGCUCAUCUGCUAGCAAGCCAGGUCCGAAUUCACACCAGCCUGCGAAAGGAAGUUUAAAAACUCGACGCAGCGUCCUAUGGGGCCCGAAAUCCCGCGGCCAGCAGAGUUUUGAGAAGACCCAUGUCAAUUCCAGGAGUCCACCAAAAUCAUCAGGCAGCUCUUUUAACAGUGAGGGUCCGACGGACAGCCAACCACCAAAGGUCAUAAGCUUGAUCCGAUCCGUAGGAGUCGGUAUCCUGGAGGUCUCGCAGAUCCUCAGGCAAAAUAAGGAUACUGAACAAGUGGUCAAUCUAUGGGCUCCAGCACAGGCGGGUGAAGAAGGAGACAGUACUGUCGAUGGCUUCCAACCGUUGAUCCACACGCUGCUUCCCAGCCCUGAUGGCAAAUACGUAAGGUCACACCAAGCGAGUCGAUUGCAUCUUCACCUAUAUCCGUUUAUCUCUAGCGACUCGGAUACUCUAGUCAGGGAUAAUCCUACGAUUUUACACCAUGUCGUUAAAACUAGGAGGAUUGGAUUUGCGGAAGCUCCAACUAAACCCCGUUCUGAUAUCUACGUCACGCUCUCUCAAGCGCUUUUUCCCCCUGGUGCUCUGCUUUCCCAUCCGCACACCGGUCAGGUUCCAGUGCCAAUGACACUGGGACUUCAGAAUUUGCAGCUGACCCUCGAGGUGCGCACGGCAGCCGGGACACGAAUAGAUAAUUGUAUCUUCCCGUCUUCCGACAACAUUGCACACACAGCAUGGCGGACAACAGUUGCCGAAAGAGGGACGCCUUGGAAGGAGACCAUUCGCCUUCAAAUAGACAGGGAUUUAGUACCACUGUCCCACUUGGUAAUGAGUGUGGCAGACGCCCCCGAAUUUCCUUUUGCCAUUGCGUGGAUGCCAUUAUGGGACCAACAUGCAUUCAUGAGAGACGGCACUCAUUCGCUUAUGCUGCAUGCCUAUGACAAACACACAUCAAGCAUCGAAAACGGAAAGGGCGCUUACCUAUCCCUGCCCUGGAGUGCUCUUGGGAAGAAUGAAUUUGCAAAAGACGAGGCAGUGACUGGGCCUAUGGCUUCUCUUCGCUUGGAAACGUAUCUUUGCAGCACCGAAUACUCUCAAGAUCAAGUGAUCCUAAGCCUCCUAAAUUGGAAAGAGAGGCCUGCAGGCGAGGUUAUUGAGACUCUCAAGCGAAUAGUAUUCGUGCCCGAGAUUGAGAUCGUGAAGCAGCUUAGUGGAGUCUUUGAUGCAUUAUUCGGGAUCUUGGUUGACAAUGCCGGUAACGAGGAACAUGAGGAUUUGAUUUUCAACGAUUUGGUUACCGUUCUCGGUAUUGUGCACGAUCGACGGUUCAACCUUGGCCCACUAGUCGACCACUAUGCGGAGAAACAGUUCUAUUUUCCCUUCGUGACGCCGUGUCUGAUUCGGAGCUAUCUACGUCUUCUCCAGGCCGCCACCGAUAUCCGACAGGCCCGGAAUCUUCGCGCAGCCUUCAAGGUGGGACGACAUCUUUUGAAGUUCAUCAUCAAUGGCAGGCAACAGCAAAAGGCUAAGGAGGAGGGCAUCGGGAUCACAAAGGUCCAGUCUACUUUCAACGGUGAUCUUCAUACCAUGUUCAAGUCUCUCCAGACGCUCAUGAGAGACCCAUCGCCAGCCUUGGUGGGCAGUAAAACUCUUGUCGUCCAGCAUUUCCACACAUGGCUUCCCGAACUGUCAAAGGCCCUUAGCAAGGAUGAAGUUGUCAUGAUUGCUCUUAGUUUCAUAGACUCCUGCAAAGAUGUGAAGGGGAUGCUGAUACUCUACACGAUGGUCCUGAUUCAACACUACACUCAGCUCGAUAUUUUCGCAACGGGCUCCGAAAGACGGGGUCUGAUCUCCAGCUGCGUCGGUUGGCUGGCUCCCUAUUGGGGAGCGACGGGGAGCGUGUCCGAUCAGUACCGCGACCAAGUUCGGUUGUGUUCCGCAAUCGUGUCACAACUCCUUGAAGAGCCAGAUCCGCUAUUGUACGAAUUCAUGCCCAAGAUCGUCUCAUCGUAUUGUUCGAUUGUGACGGAAGGCGUAGAGGAUACCGAAUACCUCUCCCUGCUCUUUAGUAAAUCUUUCCCGUUUCAGGUGAAGGCGUCAAAGACCAAGCAAAAGUUUGACGAGGCACUCGUGGAACUGUCAGCCAUCAUGGCAGCGAUCAGCAAGAUUCCCAACACGAAGGUCCCUGUAAUGAAGGAAUUGGAUCUUGCCACGUUCAUUUUUCAGGCGCUCGAGGCACAUAAUUCUAUUCUCAACUGUGAAGCUUAUCCUCAAGGCUGGCUAAGUCUGCAUAUCUACAAUCACCGUGCGACCCUGAAGAGCCUCGAGCGCCUCUCUUCAGUCCUUGUCGACAGGUUUCUUCCGUCGCCAGACGAUGCGGACAGCUUUGAUACCAAGUUAUGGGAAAUGUUUUUCAUGACGCUACUCAAGGUUGUAUCAAGUGACACGCUCGCUCUCGAAACGUUCCCGGAACAGAAGAGACGGGCUGUCUGGAAAAUAGGUGGCGACGUGCGCGAGCAAGGUGCAGAUCUGCUCCGUUCUACUUGGGAAGCGAUAGGUUGGGAGACUUCGGAAGAACAAUUCCUUCAAUACGGUGUGAAGAAGCUCGGUGGUUAUCAGGUGCAAUAUGUUCCUGCCCUGGUGGCUCCUAUCAUUGAACUCUGUCUCAGCGUCCAUGAGGGCUUGCGGCAUGUUGCCGUCGAGGUCUUGCGGACCAUGAUUCUGAGCGAAUGGGACCUCAACCAGGAUCUAUCAAUAAUCGAGACGGAGCUCAUAUCCAGCCUUGACAAUCUGUUCAAAACCAAGCAUGUGAACGAUAGCGUUAUUCAGAAGCUUUUCAUUACCGAGCUGCUUGAUCAUUCUGAGGGCUACUCCGAGGUUGAUGGAGAAUUAUAUGAUGCCGUGAAGUCCCUCGUAGCGACAAUUGAUGAGCUGCUUGACCUUCUAGUGGCUUCACACAGCGGUUCAAUGACCGAUAGCGUGCACACCAUGAGGCUAAUGCAGUAUAUGAAGGAUAUGGGCAGACAAGAUAUCUUUAUUCGUUACGUUCAUGAACUGGCUGAGGUGCAGGCAGCAGCUGGCAAUCUCACGGAAGCAGGUCUCGCUCUCCAAUUCCAUGCUGACCUCUACGACUGGGAUAUCACGAAACUGGUUCCUCUGCUUCUUAACCCAUCAUUCCCGGAACAAAACUCCUUCGAAAGGAAGGAAUCCCUGUACUUUGCAAUUAUUCAACACUUCGAGAACGGCAAGGCAUGGGCUCAUGCCCUUGCUUGUUACAAGGAGCUUGCUGAACACUACGAGAACACCUCGAUGGACUUCUCUAAGCUCGCUCGGACACAAAGCUCAAUGGCCAAAAUUUACGAAUCGAUAGUGAAGGAGGAGAAGGAGUUCCCGCGAUACUUCCGCGUUGUAUAUAAAGGACUCGGGUUCCCUGCUACUUUGCAGGAUAAGCAGUUUAUCUUCGAAGGCGCUCCGCAUGAACGCAUGGCGACGUUUAUCGAUCGUAUGCAACGAAUACACCCUGCGGCUCAAAUUAUGUCCUCUGGAGAAAUCCAAGAUUUUGAGGGGCAAUUCCUGCAGAUCAGUGCGGUCAAUGUGCAUCGCGAUAUAAGCCAUCCUGUAUACCAAAGGUCAAAAAUCCCACACUCUGUCCGAGAGCAUCUCUUACUCUCCAAUCCUUGUCUGUUUUCAGUAACAUCGAAGAGGCACAAGGGAGGGGCAGAUGUGAACGAGCUAUACGUGGAGAAGACUGUGUUCAGAACUGCGGAGGCCUUCCCAAAUAUCCUCCGCAGGAGCGAGAUAGUCGCGGUCAACGAGGUUGCUUUGUCUCCUCUGCAGUCAGCUGUUGAACGAAUCUGGCGAAAGACGCAGGAACUGGUACAUCAAGAGAAACGUACGGUGGCUGGUGAAGACCCCGGUCUGAAGUCAUUGACAGAAAUGCUGGAACAGCUGCUGGAACGCAGGGCUUCGUUAUUCGGCUGCAUGGCUGUGUAUCGUCAAUUUCUUGAGGAUACACCGGUCGAGAAAGCCAUCGACAGGGAAACGGAUGAAAAGCAAGAUGAGGAGGGAGAAGCAGAUCAGGAAGUCCAGGAACCCAUGGACCCUAUGAAGAACGCCCUGGCCGUAGCACUGAUCGAUCACGCUUUGGCGAUAAAGCAUGCUCUAUCUUUGUCGUUAUAUCAUCGGCCAGCAUAUCAAGCCACGCAAUCCGAGCUGAUGCGGCAUUUUGAAGAGAUCUUUGCGCUCGAACUCAAAUCGAUCGCACCGGUCAAUCAGGGCUUUUCUCAUACGUUCCAGCAUCAGACUAUGAACUCCCUGGACACGCGCCAAACGUACUCUGCACCACGAUCCGUGAGCCCGGAGCAAGAACUGAUGCGACGCUCAUCUCGGGUAUCAAGCGCAAUGGACAAAGCUGGCAAGCGUUCUGUCGGCCAACGCAUCAGCAUCAUGAAUCCUUUCAAACGGUCGAAUCAUGCGACACAAGGCUCGACAAAUACGAUCCAAGCGCUGCCCGGGAUAGCCAGACUGCAAGGGUCUGAAAGGUUAAACGGCAAUACAACACCAGCGGAACGCGUCCAUAUGACAUCCACUGCUUCCAAGAUCGAAGACAAUGGAUCCGUUCGUGAAGAAGAUGAUAUCGCCACUGUCCACAGCCGGACGACGAAUCAUUCACGAACAGACACCCAUUCGAAACGUAGGAGUUGGUUCGGAGAUAGAUCUCACAAGGCUAGUUCUUCGAUCUCGCUCGCGGCAGCUGCUACCACUGCCUCUACGGAAGACCCCCAUGCAGUCACACAUAAGACACGUCCGUCCAGGAGUGACUCUCGCCAGACACAGACCAAGUCAGAUGGUCGCAGCCGCUCCGAAUCUCAGCGGGCUAGUGCCGCAGGACGGGAUGGUGAUACGAAAAAUAGCUGUAACCACAAUGAGCUUAAACCGUCCGGCGCGAGUCUCCACGGUGGGUGGUCGGCGAUUCCUUCGGUGAAGGACUACCCCCGCCCCUCGACGGCGCUGAGUACGACGGCGGCAUCCUUGAAAGGACCGCUGUCCGUGUCGGGUGCCAGCAUUUAUGGAGACCAUCAUGCACCGGUUCCCUCGCCGCUUCAUACCCCUUUCACGCCGCCGGCCGUCACGAAUCCUAGUCAUUCGAAGAGGGAGUCUGUACUCAAGCGAUUCAGCCUUCUCAAGGGCGUCGGACGCAAGGGCAGCCGUCUUGAUUUUAGGGGCGGUAUGACGGUUCAUGAAGAGUGAGAUAUGCAUGCGUGCAUGUCUAUUUUUAUUUGGAGCCUUUCUUUUUCCACGUUUCUCUUACUUUUUUCAUUAUCCAUCUACCUGGAUCUAUUACCGCAUUACCCUAUUUUCUAUGUAUUUCCCUACUCAUAAUGUCUGGACAUUAUUAUUUAUUUAUUAUCUUCUUUCCUUUCCCUGGCAGGUCUGUUUCUUGCUUGGCUGCAUUGCAUCCAUGGCUAUAUUUGUAUUUAUCACCGUGAAGACCUCAUUCUAUUCCUCAUGCUGUAAUUUCCCAUUUCUUAAUUGCACAUGUGUUGUCGGCGGCAGAAUGACAACAUUCAUUAUCUGACCACUGAGGCUUCCUGCAUAUCUUCAAUUAAGCUACGACAGUUGAAUCCGUAGAAUAGAAUCAAACAAGCACUUGCCUUUGAUGCAGUCCAAGACGGUAUUCAAACGCUGGCAUGGAAGACGGCGCUCCCGAUAGUUAGAAGUCACCUCCGAUGCCGGGACAAAAGCUCCAAAAACCAAACCGUAAUAGGACCGGACCGAGAUAUUAUUCUUCUGAAUUAAUAGAAAAUAUUCGGCCUGGGCAGCCGAAUGGUCGAGCCGGAGAAAAAAACGAGAUGCGUGUGGGACUGGAGAGAAGCAAGGAAGGUCCACACAGAAGACAAAGGCUUAAGCUAUAAAGUUAAGAUACCAUGAUCAUUCCACCGCAAAGACAAGCUCAGAUCAAAGAACAAAUUGAUAGUGCAAUUG